CCAAAACGGGGAGGGCUCGGCUCGCGUGCGGUCCGGAGUUUACUCACGCUCAGCGGCGUCAUCCCUCCGUCUCCGAGUCCUUGCCUUUUUCUGAGGCCGUCUCCUGCCACCUGAGCGAACACGGGGAGUCAAGGCCAGGCGCGCGGGGCGCCAUGAAGGGCCACCGCCUCAGGGGCGCGGCGGCGGCGGCGGCGGCUACGGCGGCGGCGAAGGGGCUGUUCGGCUGAGGGCCCGUGCGGGGCCGAGGCAUGUGGAGCCCCGGCGGGAGCUUGCUCCACACGCUGCCCCGGCUUCUGCAGGGCCUCGCAGAACUGCCGCCCCGCUGGGCCCUGCCGCGGGCGGCGGGCGGGGACACCUCAGCAGACCGCCUCCCCCGCGGGGGCGGGGCGAGCGCGGCGGCGGCGGCGGCGGCUGCCUCCGGGGCCCUGCUCGGCGCCUGUCUGGAGCGCCAGGGUCAGCCUGCGGCCUCGGAGCUCCCGGUGCCGGGCGGGGCCUUGGCUGGCAGCCCCGGGGGCGGCGGCGGCGGCGGCGUGGUGGUCGGCGUGGCCGAGGUGAGAAACUGGCGUUGCUGCUGCCUCGGCAGCACCUGUUGGUGCCGGAGCCUGGUGCUGGUCUGCGUGCUGGCCGCGGUGUGCUUCGCUUCCCUGGCCCUGGUCCGCCGUUACCUGCAGCACCUCCUGCUCUGGGUGGAGAGCCUUGACUCGCUGCUGGGGGUCCUGCUCUUCGUCGUGGGCUUCAUCGUGGUCUCGUUCCCCUGCGGCUGGGGCUACAUCGUGCUCAACGUGGCCGCAGGCUACCUGUACGGCUUCGUGUUGGGCAUGGGACUGAUGGUGGUAGGCGUCCUCAUCGGUACCUUUAUGGCCCAUGUGGUCUGCAAGCGGCUGCUCACCUCCUGGGUGGCCGCCAGGAUCCAGAGCAGCGAGAAGCUGAGCGCCGUUAUUCGCGUCGUGGAGGGAGGAAGCGGCCUGAAAGUGGUGGCACUGGCCAGACUGACCCCCAUACCUUUUGGGCUUCAGAAUGCGGUGUUCUCGAUUACUGAUCUCUCCUUACCCAACUAUCUGAUGGCAUCUUCAGUUGGACUGCUUCCUACCCAACUCCUGAAUUCUUAUUUGGGUACCACCCUGAGGACCAUGGAAGAUGUCAUUGCAGAACAGAGUGUUAGUGGAUAUUUUGUUUUUUGUUUACAGAUUAUUAUAAGUAUAGGCCUCAUGUUUUAUGUAGUUCAUCGAGCUCAAGUGGAAUUGAAUGCAGCUAUUGUAGCUUGCGAAAUGGAACUGAAAACCUCUCUGGUUAAAAGCAAUCAACCAAAUAUCAGUGGCUCUUCAUUCUGCAACAAGAGGACCCUAACAUUUUCUGGAGGUGGAAUCAAUAUUGUAUGAUUCUAGUGAAAUGUAUGAUUGUCAAGAGCCUAGCCUUCUGUCCAAGGUCUAGCAGCCCCCUCACUAGUGGGCAGUUGCAAGUUCUAAUUGUAUUAUGGCACAAAAAAAAAAAAGAAAGAAAAAAACCUGACUAGUUUUUAAAUUGCACAUUUUUUAAAAACAAGAAUCAUUUUCUGGAUGUGUAAGUGUAAAUGUAGAUGCAAUUUUUGCUGCAACUCUUUAUUAUUUACUAUGCCUGAAAUGGCCUAUAGGUCUGCACUUUAGUUUAUUUUCAUUGUUUUCUUUAUGGGUACUUACAAACAGAGAGAGAAUCCAAAUAUUUUUCUGCUUAAUGUCUUUAUUUAUAAAGUCUAUGAAUAGUUGUAUGCAUCUUUCCUACUUAUAAAGAAGAGUAAAAGUAUGCAAUUUUAAAUGUGUAAUAGUGGAUAUUAUUUGCUUUAGUAGUCUUUCCAGGAAGGAUAAAUGGUUGGUGUUUUGUUUUGUUUUGUUUUGUUUUUUAAUUAGGUGGGAACACUUUGCUUUCUUUUUUCUUUCUAGUUAGAAAACAGACAUGAACUUUUGUUUGAAUGUAUUUUUGCAAGGAUCAUAUUGUUGCAGGACCAUUUACACCAAUACACACAAGCUUAAAUCCUACAUUGUGGGACUGAAGUGCUCUUAAGAUACCUUUCUUAGUUUCACUGUGUAAUAUGCAAAGCAAAAGGGAAAUUAUUUAAAUGAGUGGUGGCUUAAAUUAGAACUUGUGUUCUAAUUUCAUUACGUUGGUUUUACCCUCCUUAGGUCUUUCAUUAAAGGGCUGUCCUAUUGCAGUCUUACUAAAACAUUUUAUUAAAAUAAACUUCUUUUUCUUUUUAUGUUCAUAAUUAGGCUUUGAAAUAAAGAUAUUAUUCCUUUAAAGUAGUGGGCUUACCAUCAUUGAAGAUGUCACUUGGGUGGCCUUGCUGGAUCAAAACGCCUUUCUAAAAAGCCAAGCUUUAAAAUCAUGUUUAUAAUUCCAUUGAAGUACAUAUAUAUUUGUCCCCAUAGUCCUCAGCUUUAAAACUAUAAAUAAUGUUAACUUAAUGCCCAGAUUUGCAUUAUUUACCCUACUAUAGAGUAGGCUUAUUUUGUUUGUUUUUUGGUACUUAUUUUUCUCUGAUAAGACUCAGGAAUUCUGAAAUGUGAAAUUGUCUCGCAAUUCUUCUUAUGUAGAAUGAAUUGAGUGUAUUUAUUAAUUAAUAACACUUAUGUGUAUAGAAUAUAAUAAUUUGGCAUAUGAUUCAUAUGACAUUAUUCAUUUAUCACCUUAUAUUUUUAAAGUAGUUUAAUUAUGAACUUAAUGAUUAGUUUUUUUUACAAUGGAGAUUAUAGAUCUGAAUGCAAACUUUCUGGUAGGUAUCUCUUUUUUAGUUAUGAGGAUACCACCUUAUCAGAGACCUCCCAUUUGCCUUUUCAUUAGGGUAAAAUCUUUGCCCUGCUUUACUAAAGUGCGAAAGAAUUAUUUGGAAACAGAUUAUUUUAGUUUUAUGCUGAAGAUGCAUUUGACCAUUUUAACGUGUAAAUUUUUUGCCCUGUUGCAGGUAUAAUUGUUUUCUUUUCCUUCAUAAUGCCUAAGUUUGCUCACCUUUGAGUAACAGUGAAGUUCAUUUAUAUGUCCAUAUCAAGAAGAACUCAGUGCAAAUGAUCUCAUAGGCACCUGGGUCUACGGCACUCAAUUGGCCUACAAAUCCUUCCUUCUUUUAUUAGUAGAAAACAAUAUAUAGUAUUGGAAUAUUAUUAUUCUUUUGUGAAUCCUAAUUACUUGUUUGGUUAUUUGCUUUAAUUAUUUUAGUUUAAUUAUCCCAAUAAACAAUGUUUGAUUUAUCCUUUUCUGUCUAACUUGACAAUAUUUCUCUUUUGCUUCUUGUUUAUUGUUUAGUUUUUGAUAAAGAAACAAAUAAUUUAAGAUCACUUCUUUAAUACACUUGUAUUACACUUCAUGUAUUUUGAAGUGCAUUUAUUUACUUAGCAUUUUGUAACUUGAAUCAUUUUGCCAAAUGAAUAAUACCUUUUGGUAGUUUGUCAUGAGUUCUUCCAGCUGUAGCUUUUUGCUUAGUACUUAAAAUAAAUAUGUAAAGGUAAAAGAGAAGUAAUUUUUCUGUAU